CUGAGGAGGAAGAGGAAGCAGCAAGGCAAGAAAGAUCAGGGCGGGGCGUUUCUCUUGGAGCGGUGGUGGGGUUGGUGGUGGUGGUGGAGGGGGAGGAUGGCCGGGGUGGUGGAGGCCGGCAGGUACGCGCACAGCGCGGCGCACCACGCGGUGGCGACGAGGGACCACGCGGCGCUGCGGCGGGUGCUGGACGCGCUGCCGAGGGCGCGGGCGCCGGAGGAGAUCCGGACGGAGGCGGACUCCGUGGCGGAGGAGGCGCGCGCGGAGGCGGCGUCGGGCGUCAUCGACCGCCGCGACGUGCCCGGCCGCGAGACCCCGCUCCACCUGGCCGUCCGCCUCGGGGACGCGGCAGCGGCGGAGAUGCUCAUGGCGGCGGGGGCGGACUGGAGCCUGCAGAACGAGCAGGGGUGGAGCGCGCUGCAGGAGGCCAUCUGCGCCCGGGAGGAGGCGCUCGCCCGCGUCAUCGUCCGCCACUACCAGCCCCUCGCCUGGGCCAAGUGGUGCCGCCGCCUCCCCCGCGUCGUCGCCGCCAUGCGCCGCAUGCGCGACUUCUACAUGGAGAUCACCUUCCACUUCGAGAGCUCCGUCAUCCCCUUCAUCUCCCGCAUCGCGCCCUCCGACACCUACAGGGUCUGGAAGCGCGGCGCCAACCUCCGCGCCGACAUGACCCUCGCCGGCUUCGACGGCUUCAAGAUCCAGCGCUCCGACCAGACAAUACUCUUCCUCGGGGAGGGCUCUGAGGACGGCAAGGUGCCGCCGGGCUCUCUCUGCAUGAUUAACCACAAGGACAAGGAGGUGAUGAACGCUCUGGAAGGGGCCGGCGCGCCGGCCUCCGAGGCGGAGGUGCAGCAGGAGGUCACCGCCAUGUCGCAGACCAACAUCUUCCGCCCCGGGAUAGACGUCACCCAGGCGGUGCUGCUCCCGCAGCUCACAUGGCGCCGGCAGGAGAGGACCGAGUCCGUUGGGCCAUGGAAGGCCAAGGUGUAUGACAUGCACCAUGUGAUGGUGAGUGUGAAAUCGAGGAGGGUCCCCGGUGCCAUGACGGAUGAGGAAUUCUUUUCGGCUUGCAAUGAGAACGAUACCGAGAGUGAGGGGUUCGAUGAUGUUCUCACUGAAGAGGAGAAGAAGCAGUUGGAAGCCGCCCUUAAGAUGGACUCUCCAGAUGGCGGUGGCGAAGGCCAGUCCGACACGUUUGUCGGUCCUCGACAUAGUUGUGUUGAGCCAAGGGAGAGGGAGAUACCAAUUGAGGAUUUGAGCAUCUCUGGAAAUGGGGAGAGUAAACAUGAUAAGAAAGGUUGGUUUGGUAACUGGGGAAAGAGGGGCCAGAGUAGCAAGCAGGAGGGGACGAAGAAGAUGGCACCUCCAAGGAGUUCGCUCUGUGUAGAUGAGAAGGUGAGCGAUAUCCUUAUUGAAUCUCCAUCAAAUGUACAAACUAGGCCAGGAAGGCAUUCAGUAGAUGUAGUAAGAGGGGAUGAGAACAGAAGGGGCAAGGAAAGGGAUUAUCGGAGACCCGUUGCAUCAUCAGAGAAUGGGCAUAGGCGCAAAGAAAGUAGCAAAGAAAGCGAGUACAAGAAAGGCCUAAGGCCUGUUCUUUGGCUUUCCCCUAACUUUCCACUACGGACUGAGGAGCUCUUGCCACUGCUUGAUAUUCUUGCAAACAAGGUGAAGGCAAUCCGUCGCCUGAGGGAUCUCCUUACAACAAAACUGCCACCAGGAACUUUUCCAGUCAAGGUUGCCAUCCCAGUUGUACCCACAAUCAGGGUGCUCGUGACAUUCACAAAGUUUGAAGAGCUACAGCCAUUGGAGGAGUUCACCACACCGCCUUCCAGCCCUGACAAUUGCAAGAGCCCAGCAGCACAGUCUUCCUCAAGUUCUUGGAUUCAGUGGAUCAAGGCUCCUUACCGUCAGAACUUCUCAACAGCUCCAGGCCCCAGUAGCCGUGUAGAGGACAUCCAGGACCCAUUUGUCAUCCCUGCUGAUUAUGUGUGGACGACGCCAGAAGAGAAGAAAAAGAAGACACAAGAAAACAAGAGCAAGUCGAAGAAAGGCCGAAAUGGGGCAUAGAUAGAUAGCGCAGGUGGUUUGAGACAAUGUCAUGGAUGACCCUGAAAUCAUUUACAAGGGUUAUACUUGGUGAUAAUACCUUCUGAUCUAACAGGAAGGAUGAGUGGGGGAUUUGAAGAUUUCGACAGAGCUGAAGGUGACUGAUGUCGAAUGUCAAGAAACAACCGCUUGUCUAGUUUCGAUGUGAUGAAAAAGAUUUGUUCGCAACAUUCUUUGGUUUAACCCAAAUCAUUUCAAUCCUGUUUAUUAUUGCAUCAACCCUGCAGGUAGUGUUUGACCGAGUUGUCUUGCUGGCGUUGUGGUGUUUUUUAAGUUUUUGCCUGCCUUGCUUCUUCACCGUGCCGACAUCCAAAUGCGUACCGUAUUUCUGUAUGUUGGGGUGGUACAAAUUUUGUGAGAUGGAAACUGCACACUUAAUCUAAAGUAGAUCACUGUAUGGUAGAUUAAUUUUCUGUCUUUGCUUGGUGCAGGGAUCAAUCUAUAUUCAUCUCUGAA